GGUUUGACAGGCGCACGCAGGCACUGGAGAAGAGGGCAAGAGCCCCACCAGGCUCUAUUGUUGGCGCGCGGGCGCUUGCUGGGGCUUCGAGCGGGCCGAACCAACAGUAGCAGCAGCAGCAGCAGCAGCAUUCUGGGAUUAAUCAAAACAAUUAAAAAGCCCCCUAACUUCGCCUGCCCAGAAGAAAGACCCGAGCCUCUUUGCAUUUGGGGGCCGCCUCGUGUUUUUGUUUGGAGUUCUUUGGGGCGUCUCUCUCCUGAAGCCGUCGUAAAAGGAAUCUUGACAGAAGUGUGGCAGCGGCUCUUUUUUAGUCAUGUCUCGACGAAGCCAGCGCAUUGGUGGGACUUUCCACAGUUAUCGAAGUGAAGAUAAUGGCAACAGCAGCAGUGGAGGAAGUUCACUGCUAAGUGGACCUCAGCCCCUGUUUAAAGAGAGUUCAAAUAGCCGAACCCUGAGAAGGAAAUCAAGCAAUAUGAAACGUCUCUCUCCUGCACCUAGCCUAGGGAUCAGUUCUACUCCCCACACCACCUCCUACUACAGUGAGUCUGUUAUUAGUGAGUCUUAUCUGACUGAUGGCAGAGGACUUUCUCUUAAAACUAGUACUGCCUUGGAUGAUCCACUGGAAAGCAGUUCUUACUGGAGUGAGGAUCUCUCCCUGAGAAGGAGAAGAGGCAUUGAGGGCAUAGAGUCCAGUAAGAAAAUCAAUGGAUUAGGAGAAAGGAAGACAUAUGACACCUAUGCUUCUUCAUCUGGUUAUUCCUCUGAGGAUGACUACACAGGUGGUUCUUCCAUGGACCAGAAUACAUCCAGCUUUGGGUUCAGGAGUGUGCUCUCCAAAGUAGGCUCCUUUCUUUGGCUGGUGCUUACAGCCCCAGGUCGGUUCUUUGGUUUGUUAUACUGGUGGAUUGGGACCAUGUGGUAUCGCCUAACAACUACAGCCUCUCUCCUGGAUGUCUUCAUCUUAACUCGGAGCUAUCCAGUGUUGAAGAAGCUACUGUUGUUCUUGCUUUUGCUUUUACUCCUGAGUUCUGUUGGUUAUGGUGCCUGGUAUUUUUAUCCCUUUGGGCUCCAACCUUCUAUGUUUUCUUGGGGAACAGCAAAAUUAUUUCCUUCUGCCACCAAGAAGGACCAUGAAAUGGGUGACUUUGCUGUAUUUUCUGAGGCCCAGCAGCAGGUUUUGUCUCGGCUCCAGGCUCUGGAAAGACGUUUUGAGACCCUGGAAACUGCCACUUCUGUGCUAGAAUUCCAGAAAAGAAAGAACACAGAAGGUGCCCCUCUAUCACAUGAGGAUACCCUGCUGCUUCUGGAUGAGCUGAUGACUCGGCAGGAGGCAGCCCUCAGAGAGAAGUUUCGCUCAGACACAGAUCUUCAUCUCCAGAAUGAGUUGAAUGCUUUCCGAUCCCAAGUGCAGAAGGAUUUUGACAGUCUCCUGAAGAAAGUCUCUCAGGCUUCUGAGCAGGUGGAGACCCGGAUGCUCCAGAUGACAGCUCAGUGGCAAAGCUCUACAAAAGAAGAUCUAAUGAGUAAUUUCCAAAAGGAAAUGGACAAGCUGGAGGCACAUCUAUCAAGUCUGAAGCAGGAACUUGUGGCUUUGAAUUCUGAUCAGAAGGCAUUAUCAAGACAAGUGGAACCUCUUCCAGGGCAGAUCAAGGAAAUGCGAGAAGAUGUGGAAAUUCAAUUUCCUACAUGGAUUAGCCAAUUCCUAUCCCAAUCUAGAGAGGAUAAAACUGGCAGACUGUUUGUCCAGCGUGAAGAAUUACAAGAGCAGCUCCACAAAUUGGAGCGCAAGAUCCUUGCCAAGAUCUCGAAGGACCAACAAUUGUCUGUGCAGGAUGUUGGGAUCACCCUUCAUAAAGAAGGAAUCAUAGGAGUAACCGAAGAGCAAGUGCAUCAUAUUGUGAAUGAUGCCCUAAAGCGCUACAGUGAAGAUCGCAUUGGAAUGGUGGAUUAUGCACUUGAAUCUGGAGGGGCCAGUGUUAUUAGCACUCGGUGUUCAGAAACCUAUGAGACCAAGACUGCGCUUCUUAGUCUUUUUGGCAUACCCUUGUGGUAUCACUCCCAGUCUCCAAGGGUCAUUCUACAGCCAGAUGUCUAUCCUGGAAACUGUUGGGCUUUCCAAGGCUCCCAAGGUUUUGCUGUCAUUCGCCUCUCAAGCAGCAUCCACCCCACUGCUGUGACGUUAGAGCAUAUCUCCAAGUCCGUUUCCCCCAAAGGAACCAUUCCCAGUGCCCCCAAGGACUUUGCAGUCUUUGGCUUAGAGGAAGAAGGGCAGCAAGAAGGCCUCCUCCUUGGGAAGUUCACGUACAACCAAGAUGGGGAUCCCAUCCAGACAUUCCACUUCCAGGAUAUAGACAGGCAGGCAACUUUCCAGCUGGUGGAGCUAAGAGUUCUCAGCAACUGGGGGCAUCCCGAAUACACCUGCAUUUAUCGCUUCCGUAUGCAUGGGGAGCCAGUCUCAUAACAUCUUCUAGCACCACUAGCUCAGAAGUCACCUACCUCAAGAUCUGCACCUCAGACUGCAAAAGGCAGUUGGGAAGCAGUGCCAGGAAGGAGACCAACUUGGAAUGGGCAAUAUAUCUUUUUUGCUGAGUUGCACAGAGACGAGAAGUAAGCUGUGAUUCUCUCUGAUCAGUCAGUUCUCUCCAGAAAACAACACCCUUCUGAGUGCAGAAGAAGAAAGAGGGCUUCUUGAUUUGGUAUUUUAUAUUCAGUUGUUUUUAAAGCAGAUUUUUAAACAUACCUAUGCAGUUCAUACUUGCCCCAUCCUUUAUACUUUUCCAGACCUGAUUUCUGGUUGUCCCUUUAGAGCUCAGUUUUCGGGGGGGCUGAAGGCAUAUUUAAAUAAACUAAGCAAUGCAGGACAAGUUGGCACGGACAUGAGUUUUGGCCUGCAAUAAGGAUAUGAAGCCUCUGCUAGACUUUAGGUACUUAUUUGGCCCCUUAUUACUGUCACCUCAAAGCCUCAACCUCCUCCUAGAAAGGAGGGGCCUACUUUUGCCUGUGCCUACUCUGAGCAGCUCUGGGGGAUACAGAAGGUGCUGUUGAAGCUUUAGGGAGUGGCAUCAUAACUUUAGUCACUUUUAUGUAAUAAUCAUAUUGUGUGGAGGCAGGUAGAGAAAUGUUUUUGUGAAAUCUGUCUUGGAUGAGGACUGUAGGGCCAUUCCUCUUCCUGUGUAGACAGGAUUCUGUUGAUUUUUUUUUGUAACCUGUCCACAACAGAUUGAGAUUGAAUUCCAUGUGAAGCAACAUGCACAGAUUCAAAAGCUAUAGAGGGAAAUGGAGGGUUGCUUACUAGGGGACUGUGAUCUGUUUAAAAACUGGAAGCUGCAGUUUUGAAGAAUGGGAAGGAAAGAGUUUUUCUUAGAAAAAUAGUGUAAAGGUAAACUACAGCUAUCUGUAUGGGUUAAAUGUUGACAUACAUUUCCCAGUCUGCAGUAUUGUAUUUCUUAGAAAAUAAAUUAGUAUUGUCAAGCCUUCACAUCAGCAUAGAAGCAAGUACACGAGCUCCUAAUAAGAGGGAGAUGAUUGCCAAUGCUAAUGGCAAAAGAAAAGUACCCCAGCAUGCAUUCAGAGGUGAAUAUCUCUGAAGAUUUUUGAAUAUCUCACAUAUUUCACAACAGAGUCAUAGUAUUACAAUAUGGGCUCCAAGGAUGAACUUUGGCUCAUAUUGAACUCUCUUUUGAUCUGCUUGCAGAGGACACAAGUUGCAUAUUGUUAUUCACAAAAAAUUGAAGACACUCUUAAGUUGAGCUCAAUUCCUGGUGACAAUACAGAAUAUCAGAAGCUGCUGCAGUUCAGGCUGUAUAUGUUUGAAAAAGGUUAAAUGCUUUUUUUAGCUUGCAUAACUUAUGUAUUAAUCUCAGAAGCCAUUAAGAGUAGCAGGAACUUGAAGUCUGAACACCCAGUGUACCAUAACUCUACAUUUCUAAGCUAGUUGAAUCUCAUAGUUCCUUGAGACAGGGAAAGUACAACUAGAUAUCUAUAAUCACUUGCUAUUACUAGUCAGUUGACUAAACGAGUUAGAGUCCUGAAGUGGCAUAGUGAAAUACAUCACUCUAAGGGGAAAAGAUCAUUUUUUAAAUGUUCCUUAUUGUAUUAAAAACAAUCACAGCAAGGAAUAAAACAAGCAGCCAAGAAAAACUUGAUCUCCCUGCUAUGCUAGUUGUUGAAUGUUCUGACAGUUUUAGGUAAAGGUAAAGGUUUCCCUUGACAGUUUUACAGGUGGGGAAAUAAAAAAUGGUACCCUUUGCCUUUGCUCUUAAGUGUUAUACUCAACUUAAUUGCCACCCUUUCUAGGGGCAAAGCUCUCUUCUUAGUAUGUACAUACCCAAAGAGUAUUUUUUGUUUUACUAAAUGGGUCAUCUUUGAAUGAAACCUAUGCUCAGAAGGAACAGCCUUCUGGAUGGGUGCCUCAUAAGUAAUUCCUCUUUCCAUCCUUAGUUGAGAACGAAAUAGCCAUACAUGGCAAAAGAACACGGAGACUCUGAUGGGCCCCAGAAGACCCAAUUUUUCAGACUGACAUGAGUUUGGAACCAACAAACUUCCUACUUUAGAAAAACUGGGCUAGGGAGAGGACACGCAGGCUGGUCCAGAAUUCCCAAUUUGGGUCCCUUCAGAUGUGUUGGUUAUCCUAGAGGUCUGCCUGUGUGGUCGCUAAGAGUUGAUAUUGACUUGAUGCUCUAUAAUCAAUCCACCAGAUAUGUUGGGAUUGCCAGAAUAGAUAUCAGGUUGAAAAAAGCUGAUCUGGCAUUUGGAACACACUACCCAAACAUGAAGCUACUGUCUCUAUUCUUGACCAGAAUGGAGUCAUUAUUAUUAUUAUUAUUUAAAAGAAGCAACGUAAACAUUUAAGUAGGUAACCAUGCUGCCAACUAAGGAGAGAGUAUAGAGAAAUCUGGUAGCCAAAGGGCAGGAGGGCAUAUUGAGCUACACCAGAGUAGCUGUAGUGCAUAUGCUUUUACAUGUUGAAACUCCCAGGUUCAAUCCUUGGUAUCUGUAGUUAAAGCUAGGAAAAACCUUAGUGCUGCAAAUUAGUGUUGCCAGUACUGGGCUGAGGAGCUGCAGCAGUUUCCUUGUGGCAGAAAAAAACAGUCCAGUCAGGUCAACUGGUUGCCUUUUCCCUAAGGAUAGGUAACAGUGGACUAGGCUUGGCUUGGGGGCUUGGUUUUGUUUUUAAAGCAUCAUUUUCUCAGUUGUAUAUACAGACUGAGGGUUGUGGAUGUGCCUAGUAGUGGUUGUGCACAAUGUGCAUAAGUGUGCUGCUGCACUUUUCUGGUAAUAUGUUACUUAUUACAUGUAGGGGAGUAUCUGUUACUCAUUACAUAUACCUGUUGAGAGAAUAGGCGUGGGGCCAGCUUUAUUGCAGCUAGAAGAAUUGGUGCAUGCUUAUGACAGUAUUGUAAAAGAAACAGUAUUACAUGGGCCUGGCCUCACUAUUUCAGUGUUAUGAUGAAUGUGCCUGCUGUGAUAUAGUACAACAUGGCAUGUUAAAUGCCUGGGAAAUAUUUAGCUAACUAAGGUUUGUUAAGGUUAUUGGACCCUAUGAACUUUGUUAACAAGCUGCAUUCAACAGAAAGAUCAACCUGGUAUUUGUGAUGUUGGUACAGACUUCCUGUACUAUUUGUCUUUCCUUAUGUGUACCUACAAAAAUAACAGGCUCAUGUGGCGCAGAGUGGUAGGUGGCAGUAUUGCAACCAAAAACUCUCCCCACAACUCAAGUUCAAUCCCAGCGGAAGCUGGAUUCUCUCUGGAUAGCCGGCUCAGGUUGACUCAGCCUUCCAUCCUUCCGAGGUCAGUAAAAUGAGUACCCGGCUUGCUGGGGAAGGUGAUGACUGGGGAAGGCAAUGGCAAACCACCCCACUAUAGUCUGCCAAGAAAGCGUCACGAAAGUGGCGUCCCUCCAAAGGGUCAGACAUGACUCAGUGCUUGCACAGGGGACCUUCCACCUUCACCUCUAUCAAUUGAGGAGUCCAUUUGCUAACAAUAAGGACUUAUCAGGUGUCCAGGAUGGUAGCAUCUUAUUCUAUCUUUCAGGCUCUAAUAAUGAAUCCCGUGUUCUUUGGCCUACAAUAAUUCUUGAAUUGUUUGAUGACAUUCUCUUCAACAUGACAAUAAAGGCCGUUUCCAGCACUUUUAAUGAGAUGCAGGAAUAGCAAAUUUCCUUGCCAGAAGGACUCAAGUUAGAAAAGGUCAUAUGGAAAUGGUCUCUAAAUCUGAAUCCUUGUGUUCCUUCAAGCAAAUUAUUGGCCUUCAUUCGUCCACUACUUUCAAAUAAAAUCCGAGACAGAACCCAUUCUCCAUGUUCUUAGUUAUCCCAUGUAUGUUGUUUUAUCAUUUUUUUUAACAUUAAUUGAAGUUAACUUUUUAACUUUGUAAUUACCCCAAAAUAGGGAUGGGUUAAGGACAUAUUUUUAAUAAUUUCUUCCAUUCUGUUAUGAAAGAGUGACUAACGGACGGUUGUAUUUAGGAGGAAACAAACAUCUGGAAUAGUGCAUUUUCAGGACAUCUGAUUUAGAAUUUAAUCUGCUGUGAUCACCAUACAGUGGUUUUAUAGAAUAACGGAACACUAUUGAGAAAGAUAAAUAUUGUGAGGGUAAAUAGUGGUUGUAUUCUUGUGACCCACUAAAGCGAAAAGGCUUUAAGGAGCACUUACUGAUAGUUUAUGCCCUCCUACUCUUAUUGUCCUGUAAUCAAACUUCAUGGUUUACCAUCCUGUCCAGGCCCAUCAUGGCCACCAAUUUUAUGCCACCGUCUGCAACCAGGGGCCUGAGAGUAAGUUUUUAUUCUAAGUUAAUUCCUAGUCACUAUUUUGGGUUCAGCCACUAAGUUUGUUUAAGGCCUUCACAUGAUAGGGAUAAAAUAGCAGCACAUGCACACUCAUUAACCAAGCUUUUUAACUUAAAAGUGUUACAAAAUACAACUAGAGACUGAAAAUCCAGUGGUACCAAAUCAACAGUGAUCUUACAUAACCAUGUGAAAAAGUAUGACAAUGUUAUGGUGCCAGGACCUUCACCUGUCAGUACCAGGCAUUUGCAUGCAGCUGCUCUCACCACUUGCAGACCUAGCCUUUUUCACAAAGCCUAGCUGAGGAUGAUGGAGUUGAAGGUUACUAUAGUGCAGAUGGCUAGUUAAGACUGCUGACAGGGAAGCAUCGUAGCAGCUUCUAAACUCCACAAAUACAAGAGCUACCAUCAGGAAUGCUUUUGUACAGUGCGCUUUUCAAGUGGAAACAAGAAUUUAAGCAUGAAAAAUGUGGCUUUUCCACACUUUUUGUACUGGGGAAGGCACCCCACAGAUUAAUGGUUUAAUAAUAAAUCAUACUGCUAAAGAAACACUUAUUUACAUUGCAGGGUUGGGGGGGAUUGCAUAUAAGUCUGUAGAUUACAACUGCUGCGUGCCUAUUUUUUUUAAAGAUCUGUGUUGUAAUUUACACCUAUGCAAGAAAAACCAAGUUCAAUAAAUGAUUUUUCUUAAAAGGGGUGAAACUGGUCACUAGUGGACAGGGGACUUUUUGUAUGUUGGGGAGGAGUAAAAUGAGUAGAAAUUCUGAUCAAAGAAUGGCACUAAAGGUUCUAUCAAAUAGACCACAGACCAUAUGCAUGACUAGCAUGAUACAAGUUUCCUAGAACAGAAGGGGAAACAAGAAAGGCCAAUCUGCUGAAAAGGUUAAAUAAUUAAAAAAACAAUUUAUACUGCAGUUUAAACUACUGUAGUUUAAUUUUAAG